AUGUCUCAAAAAUCAACCAGUCCACCUUCAUCGCUUAUGGCUCACCUUCAUUCAGAGUCACAUAAACAGAGCAUCCUGAGCAAAUUCAACAAGCUCAGGAAAAGUGACCUGCUGUGUGACAUUACUCUUGUCGUGGAGGAUGUGCAGUUCAAGGCCCACAAAGCCCUGCUGGCAGCAAGCAGUGAGUACUUCUCCGUCAUGUUCACAGCAGAAGAUCAGAUCCAUCGGUCCACCCACCGGCUGGACGGUAUGGCACCAAACAUGUUUGCAGCAGUGCUGGAGUUCAUCUACAGCGCCCAGGUGUCUGUGGAGGAGAGCGCCACAGAGCAGCUCCUGGCCACAGCUCAUCGAAUGGAAGUCGGUGACCUUGUCAAAGUGCUCACUGACCUAACUCGCUCUGCAGCAGGGGUCAAAUGCAAUGAUGCUCAAGCAAACAAAGCUGAAGAUGCAGAGCUGGUGAAGCGCAAAAGAGGGCGGCCGAGGAAAGCUGUAGGUGCACCUGUGACAGAGCUGGUGGGGAGAAGAGAACCAUGUGAGAGUUCAGAGGACCGACAGGCAGAAGAUAAUCCAAAAACUGAGUCUCAGCCUAGAAAUGAGGACCCUGAAGAACACCAAAACCGGCAGAGCAAACGCAAAAUCAACCCACCGGUAAAAUAUAAGGGCUACAAAGUGGGCAAUAACACAGCAGGACACAAGGAGCCUGGGAAGAGGGGCAGGAAAAGGAAAUACCCUGACACUGAGGCACGAUGUGAGGACUGUGGAAAAGUCUUCAAAAGCCACCUGUUUUUAAAGAUUCACCAGCGCACUCAUACAGGUGAGAAGCCUUUCCACUGCAUGGUGUGCGGGAAGAGUUUUACCCAGAAGCACACUCUGCUGGCUCACCAGCGCAUGCACACUGGAGAAAAGCCAUUUGUUUGUACCGUCUGCUCCAAAGCGCUUUCCACCAAACACUCCCUGCAAGAGCACAUGAACCUCCAUGAAGGUAGGACCCAAUGA